CCCCCCGCCGCCGCCGUGUCGGCGCCCGCCUUCUACGCGCCGCAGAAGAAGUUCGGCCCGGUGGUGGCCCCCAAGCCCAAAGUGAACCCCUUCCGGCCCGGCGACGGCGAGCUGCCCGCGGCCGCCGGGCCGCAGCGCGCGCAGAUGGGCCGGGCGGGCGAGGUUCCCCCGCCGCCCCCCGAAGACCUUCCCCUGCCGCCCCCUCCGCCGCUCGGUGAUGCUGAGGACGCGGAGGGUGCCCUGGGCGGCCCCUUCCCGCCGCCCCCGCCCCCGAUCGAGGAGCCCUUCCCCCCUGCACCCCUGGAGGACGAGCUCUUCCCUUCGCCGCCGCCCCCGCUGGAGGAGGAGGGCGGGCCGGAGGCGGCCACACGGCUCCCACCACAGUCCAGGGAGAAGGUGAGCAGCAUUGACCUGGAGAUGGACUCGCUGUCCUCGCUGCUGGACGACAUGACCAAGAACGACCCCUUCAAGGCCCGGGUGUCCUCUGGAUAUGUGCCUCCACCGGUGGCCACGCCUUUCACUCCCAAAUCCAGUCCUAGGCCUGCAACUGGAGGGGCAGCACCCCUGCCUCCUUGGAAGGCCCCCUCUAGCUCCCAGCCCCUGUCCCAGGCUCAGGCCUUACCCCAGAGCCAGACUCAGCCCCAGGCCUGGCCUAAGGUUCAGCUCCAGGCCCAGCCCCAGGCCCCCGCUCCUGCCCGGGUCACGGCUCCUGCCCAGGCCCAGCCUGUGUCUCUGGCCCACACCCAGCCGCGAGGUCCCCCAGCCCCUAAGUUUUCUCCCGUGGCUCCCAGGUUUACUCCUGUGGCCUCCAAGUUCAGCCCUGGAGCCCCAAGUGGACCUGCGCCACAGCCCAGUCAGAAGUUGGGGUCUCCUGAAGCUCCCUCUGCCGUGGGCACAGGCUCCCAUCAGCCCUCCGGUGUCACCUCUGCUCAGCAGAGGGAGAAGCCCCGUGUGCCGCAGAAGCAGCAGUCGGUGGCCCCGCCACCACCGGCUCCAAACCAGGUGCGCUCCUCUGGGACCCCUGGCCCCCUGACGCUGAAGGAGGUGGAGGAAUUGGAGCAGCUGACCCAGCAACUUAUGCAGGACAUGGAGCAGCCCCAGAGGCCGGGUGCAGCCCCCAGCGAGCUCUGUGGCCGCUGCCAGCAGCCCCUGGCCCGGGCCCAGCCAGCGGUCCGUGCUCUGGGCCAGCUCUUCCACAUCGCCUGCUUCACCUGCCACCAGUGUGCUCGGCAGCUGCAGGGACAGCAGUUCUACAGCCUGGAGGGGGCGCCCCACUGCGAGGGCUGCUACACCGACACCUUGGAGAAGUGCAGCACCUGUGGGCAGCCCAUCACAGAGCGCAUGCUGAGGGCCACCGGCAGGGCCUACCACCCACAGUGCUUCACCUGUGUGGUGUGCGCCUGCCCCCUGGAGGGCACCUCUUUCAUCGUGGACCAGGCCAACCGGCCCCACUGCGUCCCUGACUACCACAGGCAGUACGCCCCGAAGUGCUCUGUCUGUUCGGAGCCCAUCAUGCCAGAGCCCGGCCGGGAUGAGACCGUGCGGGUGGUGGCUCUGGAAAAGAACUUCCACAUGAACUGUUACAAGUGUGAGGACUGUGGGAAGCCCCUGUCCAUCGAGGCUGAUGACAAUGGCUGCUUCCCCCUGGAUGGACAUGUGCUUUGCCGGAAGUGCCACACCGCUCGGGCCCAGACUUGA